GGUUAACCACUCCAUAUCUAUAUACUCUUAUCUUACCUCACCAAACCAAAAAAAAAAACUCUCUCAUUUCUUUUUCAACGUUGCUUCUUAACAACUUUUUUGAAACCUCAAAAAAAAACUUCUCCAAUGUCGGAAGAGAUACGAGAGCAGCAUGAUCUCGCCGACUCUAAACCUUCUCCACCGCCACAGAAGCAUGGUCUCAUCAGCCGCAAAAGACAGCUUGUGUUUCUCGCCCUCAUGAUUUUUCUAGCCGCAAAAGGAUUCGUAGGAAUCCAAGACAUAGCGUUUGUAAUAUUGUGUACUAUCUACUUGUUUGUGGUCAUGGCUAGAUUUGCCUAUCCUCGCAAGCAAACAGAGCAGAAGAAGAGACUCGCACCUAAAAGCAAACUCUUUCGAGCUUACUUCCUCGGCACUGCCAUCAUAGGUCUACUCUUCCCUAUCUGCUACGUCGGAGAUGGAAUAUACCGUGGAGACGUUCACGGCGUUGGAGCCGUCGCACCGCAUCUAUUCCUCCUCUCAGGUCAAGUGUUCAUAGAACCUAUAGGUUUCUCCGACAAGUAUUCAACUCCAGUUGCUAGUCUUGUACCUGUCUUCUACAACAUUUAUCGCCUUUACCCGCUUUUGGAUUGGGUUAAAGCAGAAUUCUCGGAUACUCAGCGUCCCGGUGGUUCGGUGAGAGUAUACGCAGGAAGAGCCAUUGCGUCGGUGAACACGGUGAUGUGGUUUUACAAUCUGUUUGGUUUCUUGUUGCCUGUGCUUCUUCCUCGGUCUUUUGAGAUUUACUUCUCCGAUGAUAACAAAGAUAAUUGAAUGGUUUGUAUUCAUUGUCUGGUUUAGAAAACUCCCAUGGUACAUGUAUAAGUGUAUCUGCUUUUGUGUCUUUUAUGUCUCGAUCGGGUAAAAGUUUUUUUUUUGUCUAAAUAAUUUACUAAGUGGGGUGAGAGAGUUAUUUUUUCACCACUAAAACAAUGAAAAGGUUGUUCACUCUUGAUACA